CCAGCCCCUCAGGGCGUGGGCAUCAAGGCAAACAAGACAUCGUGGCGUCGCAGCAGGCGGCGCCUUUACAUUCCCAGUCUCGCUCGUCGCGUCGGGCAACGACGCGACUCGCGCACGCCGAGCAAGCUAGUGAAGUAGACUUGGCCACGCUGCUCAUCUUGCCCGGACACGUAAAGCAGCGCAAACUCGCAGCGUACCACGCCCCACGCCCAGCAAGCAAACGCGCUAGCGGCGUGUGAAUGCCAGCAGCAUGCUGCGAAAUGCGAGCUGUACGGCACGGCAGCAGGGCGAUGCGACACAACUGCGGCGGCGGCGACUGCGGCUGGCCGACCUUAAGACGUGGUGCCAAGAGCCAAGAGCAGCGCUCCACCCGUCGUCGAUUCACUCUCUCUUUCUUCUACUCACUCUCUCCCUCCUGCCCACUGCCCACUCACUGCACAAUGCUCACGCUCGCUACCGCCCUCGCGCUGCUCUCGUCGGCAGCAGCGCUGACCGUCAACUCGCCGGCCUCCCUAGUCCAAUGCCAGCCCGUCCAGCUCUCGUGGUCGGCCGGCACGCCGCCCUACUACCCCGCCGUCAUCCCCGCGGGCCAGCCGAGCGCCCAGGCGCUCGUCACCUUCCCGCAGCAGGACACGACGGUGGCUACGUGGGUGGUCAACCUCGAGGCGGGGACGAAUGUCACGAUCAAGCUCACGGACGGGACCGGCGCGACCGUCUUCUCCGCCGCCAGCGUAGUCCAGAAGGGCACCAGCACGGCGUGUCUGACGGCCUCGCCGUCGGCCGGAGGCGCGAGCAACACUGGCGGCAGCGGCAGUGCGACUGGCACCGCUGCGCCGAGCGGAUCCGGCGCCGCGAGCGGUGCUGCCAGCGGCAGUGCUUCCGCGAGCGCGAGCGCGUCGGCCAAGCCGUCGUCUGGCGACAAGAUCGCCGUCCCCGCCCUCGCUGCUGUUGCCGUCGCUGCCCUCGCUGCGGCGCUCUAAGCCCUCCAAGCCCUGCUAUAGCACUCUAUAAUCUUGGACUAUACUACCCCGGACACAUAGUCUCGCAUCGCA